AUGUGGUCGUUUGUUGUGCUGACGGUGGCGCUGACGGCGGUGACGGCGGUGGAACUGAAGGAGGCUGUGGCGGAGGCCGAGGCGGAGGCGAGAUACAUCUAUAUCAACGCCGAGGCUCCGAUCACCAUAGCCGCCCUUCUGAACGUCCCGAUCUCCCUGGCUCUCCCGUCCCUCAACCUGCUGCGCGGGAGGUCCUUCUCGACUUCCUGGAGAGCCGAGGAGGAGCUUCAGGGUGACUUUGAGGACCUCUUCGAUGACCCACACUACCUGGUGGAGGCCAACAAGCUCCGGGCUUAUUUCUCUUACCUCAAGUUGGAGAACGAGAAGUGUCGACAGAAGUUCCUGUGCGAGUUGGCGACGGACCCUGAGGCUUUCUUCCCAGCUUCUGACAUCUUCCUCAAGGAGCUGCAGCCCUCUCACGGCCCGAUCAAGGAGGACGCCAAGAACCGCUUCUGGCUGUACCAAGAGGCGUCCCGCGCCGGUCUCAUGGGCGGCCGCGGGGAGUGCGUCCGUCUUUUCCCCACCUGCAGGACGUCCAUCACGGACAUCAUCAACACCAGCGUCCUCAAAGUGUGGCAGUUCAUCGGAAGGAAACUCAACAUCAGCUUCACCGAUAAUUAGGGUCGUCUCCCGUUGACUCUUAUAUUGCAUUCAUUUAUAUUUUACAAACCGAUGGAAGCUUGAAUCUAUUUUUUUUUUUGUUUUGUUUUGUUUACAUAAAAACUUUAUGAACUUCAUCAUCCACCUCCUGUAGAUGUAUUUUUUAUGAAGUUCUUAUAAAGUAUUUCCUUCUAGUUCAAGGCAUUUUAAAAAAUAGUGCAAAUGUGUACUAGUAAGUCAUUACGUAAAAUCAUCAA